AUGGCCUCAGUCUUCCGCUAUUAUGCGGGAUGGGCCGAUAAAUACAAAGGGGAUUUUUUCCCGCCCACAGACGGAUUUUACAAAAUUGUUGAGCAUGAGCCAAUCGGUGUUUGCGCUGGUAUCACUGCUUGGAAUGCAUCUCUGCAGUUCCUGGCGUGGAAGUCUGCUCCUGCUCUGGCGACCGGCAACACAAUCAUCCUGAAGCCCUCAGAGAAGUCGCCGCUAGGUACGCUCGUGGUUGGUUAUCUGAUCAGCAAGGCUGGUUUCCCGCCAGGGGUGGUGCAAAUCGUCGUGGGUGGAGGUCCCACUGGUCACUUGCUAUCCAGCCAUAUGAAUAUUCAAAAGGUUUCCUUCACCGGAUCCACUGUGACUGGUCGCAAGAUCCAAGAUGCAGCAACUAAAAGCAAUCUUAAACGUGUUACCUUGGAACUCGGCGGGAAAAGCCCGGGCAUCGUUUUUGAUGAUGCCGACAUGGAGAAGACCCUGUUUUGGUGUACGUUUGGGAUUACUGGAAAUACCGGCCAAGUUUGUGCGGCAACCUCUCGUCUGUUUGUUCAUGAGUCCAUCGCCGAGGAGUUUGUAAGCGCCUUGAAAACUCGGUUCAAAGCAAUUGCAGCGGGUAUGGGAGGUGAUCCAUUAGAUUCUGAUACAACAUAUGGCCCGAUCAUUGAUGAAAUGCAAUACCAGCGUGUUUGCGAGUUUGUUGAAGAGGCUAAAGCCGAUCUUAGUCCUGAGGUUGGAGGCGACAGCUACGCAGGAAGUGGAUAUUUUGUCGCACCAACGAUAUUCCUCAAUCCCCCAGAUAAUGCGAAGAUAUAUCGUGAGGAGGUCUUCGGCCCGGUUCUGUGUGUUAAGACAUUCAAAACAGAGGAUGAAGCUCUGACUCUUGCCAACGAUACGGACUAUGGCUUGGCAGGAUCUGUCUACACCCAGGAUCUCAAGAGAGCUUUGCGUGUCAGUCGCGCAAUUCGUGGAGGCACAGUCGGUGUUAAUUGCGCCUCGGUCGUCGGUCCCCAGGUGCCUAUGGGUGGGUUCAAGUUGAGUGGCGUUGGAAGGGAGAUGGGCGAAUAUGCUCUCAGGCAUUAUACAGAGCCAAAAUCUAUCUGGAUCAGCGCCGCCUGGUGA